UUAGUCAUGCACCUGAUAAUGGAAGAAUGAGGUUUCAAUUCUUCUUUUAUCUGAGUUCUUGUUACCAGAAUGAUUGUUCUUCUUAUCAAGUAAUAAUAUAACAUAUACCUUUAUUUUUUUAUUUACAUCAAAAUGUACAAGCAACGAACUUGUUUUCAACUGGUAUUUAAUAACAAAAAUUGGCCGUUCAUGUACCCCUGAUUUAUGAAUGGUUUGCAAAAUCAUCUUUCGCGUAUCGUUGGUCGCACGAGAUGUUAAUUGAUAAUAGGGCUUAUAAAGAUUGGUAAAUUUCAAAGAUCGCCUUGUUUCCUCAUAGUGGCAGGUCGUGUUGCUAUCAAACGGACGAAUGCGCCCAUUCACGGCGGUUCUCAUUGGCGGCAACCUGUUGCUGCAGUGGCGUAAUCACAAUUUCGUCUACAGACUUUGUGAUCGACAUCCUAAUAAGACUGUUAAAUCAAUACAUUAAUUAAAUUUCUACUCGCAAUGAGGUAGAGCGUAGGCGUUCCUCAGCUAAGGGUGAGCCUCCCUCCAUUCCUCUUGAUUUUGAGGCCUAGCUUCCUUGCUAAAUAUAUAACAAUAUUUGCAAAAACAUCUUACUCAUCUAAAUUCCUCUUAAAUUAUGUCAUUUAUGCACGUCCAACGCGAUAAAUUCAUUUUGCUGACCAAGUUACUGAAUUCCGCAUUUGUGUAAAAUAAAUUCCACUGCCAGUUCUACGUGAUAUCGAACAAAUCCAACCGCAAACGCGAUACCACAACCGUACAGGGAAAAAAAUCCCACGGUGCCCGCAAAAGGACCGAAUAAAACUAUUAAUGGCCGCGUCAGCUGUUGCCCCGCGAUAAUCAAAUACCACGAAUGGACCGUUUAACUACCGAUCGUUAUCGGGUAUCGACUAUAUCCUUUUGUAUUCUCGAAAUUCCGAAAUUCCGAAAUUCUCACCCUUAAUCGGGUCUCAGGUAAAACGCAUCCGUGUCGCCGGCCGUUCGGGAGACAUUUACAGUUGAGAUUGGAAGGGAAUAGCGGCGGGAACCUUGAACAGCCGGGGAGCAAUGUAUAAAUUGUGUAAAGCAAAUCGACGUGGCAGGGAAUCUGCUUUGUGGUGGGAUAUCGGGUGUGUUUACGCCACUGCAAAUCGGUGGAUGCUGCGUCAGGAGCAAUGGCGGCACUGGCUUACCUGGCCAGUACCUAUCCUCUUCCCCUCCUGUUCAUACCGUCGUCACGUUCCUCAGGGCAACCCGACGAACCUGUUGCCCGUUCUCAUCCAGUGUCGUGUCGCUUUCACGACCGUCGUGUGUGCUUCAUUACGUUCGUUCUGUCUCGAAAAUAAACCGUUCUCUCGUGAAAUUUCAACGAUUCCUCCCGCGUCCCUCUUGUUAAACGCGUUCUCCGAAUGUGGAAAAUAGGUUUAAACCUAGUUUCGUGACCGUGUACGACGAUCUACGCGAGCGCAACAUAGGUUAGCGUUGAUCGCGGCGCCCAUACUUGGUGAAGUUUAGGUUACUUCUUUUCAUCCCGCGUUGUUUCUUCGAAGACGAUGGCGUUGCGUGAGAGAAACUAUCGGCUCGUUUUGUUGGGAACGGUUGAAAGUGUACGUGAACUGAAGGAGAGUUUGAGGAUCGCACUGUAAUUUCAACUUCGAUACCAGGAUGGAGAACGGUUUUCUCGUCUUUGAAUAGCAUCCUUCUUUGCCCGAUGCCAUGACGGUAGCGAUGAUUUACGGACACUGCCGAUGAAACUUUUUACAAAUCUUCAGUAAUUUCUCGAACGAAUCUUCUCACGAUCUUAUCGCCUGCGAACGCAGAUAUUGAACUGCAUUUCUCUAUUGAUAAAUUACUACGAUGCAUCCUGGUGAUAAGUUUCGAGGAGCUAUUGUGUUUCGCUAAUUGAAAGUAACCGAUGCAUAUGGAAAAUUUCAUGGGAUAACGGUGCGUGUUCAAUGCUUGAUUGAUAACGAUUUUGUAUUGUACUCGUAUUUAGUUAAUUAAAAGCAAAUAAAAGGCGGCAAGUUUAUCAGGCUUUGUUUGCGUAUUGGAAGUGGUAUUUUCAUGGCAAUCCAAUUUCUCUCGAACAGUGUUUUACGAUCGCAAAAUCGAUACUUUUUAUUCGCUCCAAUAAUAAUCGAUCAUUUUAUUGUGUGAAAAAUUUCAAAUCGAUAUUGUUGUAUUUAAAAAACCUGUAUUCCAUCUUCGUUUCGGUGAAUCAUAUUUUUUCAAAUUUGUACCAUUCAAUUAUUUCGAUAACGGUUUGUUGCUAUAUUCAGCGCUCUAAUCGAUAGGUAACUUUCAACUGUGUUUCGAUAACGUAACAUCGAGUUCGAUGGAAAGGAUAAAUCAUUCUUUUAACAGUGUACAGUUGUUUGUGGCAGUUGGAUCAAGUGGGUAUCACGAUAUUUCACGGUUUCUUGUGUCUCACCAAAACGGAGUUUAUUUAUGUGCGUGAAGUAAGUGUAGUGAAGUAAAAUACUGAUUGUCAGUAAAGGAGCGAAUCGUUUGCGAACUCUCCUCGUUGUGCACCUCGUCCUACGUGCGGCAGUCUUGAACCACGGGCAUAGUGUUCGAUUACGCGUGUACUCAGAAUGUGGUAAGCAGAUAACGAGAAGGAGGAGGAGGAUGAGGAGGAUGAGGAGGAUGAGGACGAAGAGGAGGAGAAACGGAGGAUGCUGACUGCCGUGAGGCCAUUCGUCGAAGCAGAAGCUGAGACCGCAAGCAAAGUGAUCCCUCAACGCCCCAUCGCCAUCUGGCCGGCAGUCUGCGAGGUUCAGUGAACUAUUCUCACAACCAUCGGCACAACCACCUCCACAGACAUGAUCCACCGCUGCCACCCGCAUACUGUACACCACCUCCGCCAUCGUCCUCGAGUUACCCCACAGUGCAGCGUGGCUGCGCCCUGCAUUCAAGGCUCGACCAGCCGGUGACCAGCUCGACGUCCGGAAUGGACAGCAAAAAGGUUGUCCAGGCGGCGCCCCUCCCCGUACCUGUCCAGGUGCGUAGCAAGAACGAUGGCUCGGGGGUGGCAGCUUCCGUGUCGGGUGUUCGCCGAAGAAGCGGAUCUCAGGGUUUACGAUCGCCUGCCGCAAAGAGGCCGCUAUCCGCCCCUGUCGCCCUUCAGGGCUGGCUACACAAACAGGGUUCCGAGGGUCUGAUGCUGUGGAAGAAACGGUGGUUCGUCCUCUCCGAGUACUGCCUCUUUUAUUACAAAGGUCCGGAAGAGGAGAAAUUGUUGGGCUCGAUAUUGUUACCAUCGUACAAGGUCACCGUUUGCAAGCCCGAGGAUAAAGUUAAUAGAAAAUUCGCAUUCAAAGCGGAACACGCGAAUAUGAGGACGUACCACUUUGCAGCGGACAGUUUCGAGAGCAUGAAUCAAUGGGUGAACGCGUUAACUCUGGCGACACUUCUUCAGGAUCCGAACCCAAAUAUCUUCAGCGGACUCGGCGAGGCAGCGGUGGUGAUCGAAAUAGCAGGCCAACAAGAUGGCGAACGAAGCGCAAGACCGAGCGUCUCCUCGAUAUCCUCGAUCCUGAAUCACAGCGCCGACGACAGUGAUUCUGGUUUCCAUGGUUUUCAAUCUCGGGACGAUCCCAGCCACGCGUCCAACAAUAAUUCCAGCCCGAACAGCGUGAACACUGCCUCCUUUCCCAAUCUCAGUGGCAGCAACAGCAACAGCACUACCAAUAACAUCAAUAACAAUAAUACCAACAACAAUGUUGCGCUGGUGAACUCUAACAACAACGUGAACGAAGUUCAACCAAUGGUGAACGGUUGGAUCCAACAACAAACUCCGUACAUCCAAGCCAGUACGUCUCAGCAGCAACAGCAAUACGGUCAAUUGAUGCCGUCUCCUCAACAACUGCAACAGGCGAUGCUCCAUCAGCACAUAUCCCAUCAGAACAGCCAAUCGGCUCAUCAAGUUCACCAACACAAACACGUAGUUCAGCAACAACAGAGCCAGUCACACUUGGCCAGCAACGUUCAAACUGUCCAACCGAUGCCCAGGAAGUUCGGUCAACCGAUCUACGCGAACGCGCCUCCGAAACCCCGAAGACUGACCGACGGUUCGACCGAGUACUCGACGCCAUCCCCGGACCCGGACUACAGGAAGUCGCCAGUGUCACCGGACGUAACGGUGACUAGCAAAAGUCCUAUGUCGGACUACGACAGGAACAGCAUGAUCUACGGAACCAGGAUGAGUCAGCCGUCCCAGCAGAGUCUGAGAACGGACAAGUCGGGCUUGAAUUAUGGCUACACCGGCCAGGUGCAGACUGAGAGGCGCACACCGGACACGUACGGACGUAGCGCGGCGAAACCGAGGUCGAAUCACAGAGGAAACGGCGACUACGAGGAAGUUUAUGGCGCGCCUCAACUCUACCAGAGGCCGGCUGGUCCUGUUGGUUACACGAAGGGAGCUUCACCGGCUCCUAUACCGAUUCCGCUUUACGCUCAGCAACAUCAGCAGUAUCAGCAGCAAAUUCAUUCUCCCGUCGCCGCUUCUAACGUGCCAAUAAUGAGACAACCAAGAGCUCAACCACCGCCACGGCCGCACAGCGCUGACUUUUUAGAGUACGAGGCGAACAGGAAGCCGCAACAACAGCUACCGCCGCAAUGCGAAGAAUCGCUGAAUCAACAGAGACGUCCGCAGAGGCCUAAAUCGAGUUUAGACAUAGUCACUCCGUCGGACCCUGCUAACGAUGGAUAUUUCUAUUCCGAGGAGAGAUACGCUGCACAGAUGCGCCAGUCGGCGGUUUACCUCCAUCAGACACCGCAGCAUCAUCAGCAACAAAGGAACCAAUCACUUUCCCGCGCGACAAUGCCGUCGAAAGCAACGGGAAUUCGCGAUGGUAGAAGCGAGGAUGGUAGAAUAGCUACGUUACCGGAAGCUUCCUGCACGGGGCUGAGGCGAGGGCAACGGGAACACGUUCAUCAGCAGCACGUGAUGCCGCAUCAGUCGCUGCAGAGGCAUACCGAAAUGAACAGCAACGAAGCGAAGAUGAGGAGGUCGUUGCGGGAGAAGAGCUACGAGCCAAGCAGCCGAGAAAUGCUGAGUCACGUGGAGGACGGAACGGUGCCUCGACGAAUUCCACGGGAUUACGAGUCGUCGAUGGGGUGGGGUAGAUCGACGACGAGUCACACGAGUCAGGGGGCUCACGUGGGCCAACCGUGUCACGCCGCUCACGGUGCUGCCAGACGAUGGAACGAGCAGCAACAGUUCUGCAGGUCGGCGUCCGCGCGGCUUCCGAGGACGCGACAUCCGGCAGCCUUGGACCCGGACGACGACGACUACGGCGAACGAUCUUCCGAGCAGGACUCGCGGGAUGGUGAACGCAAGAUCCAACAGCGAGAAGAGUCGAUGAAGCGGUUGCUGGAAUGGAAGCAGCGGAUGCUGCAAUCCCCGCUAACCCGGAAGCCAUCCGGUUCUGCAAACAGAGGCAGGAUGCAGAACGAGCUGUCGAGCUAUUACAAGCAGCAAGCGUUGCUGGAACUGGCUGCCCACGAGGCAUCGGUCGCCGAGAAUCGUCACUCCCGAAGAAGAGAGGACGGGCAUCGUCCGCACGCUCGAAGCAAAAGCACCGACGGACGUCGAACUGUCGCCAAUGUUUCUCGGUACAACAGCUACUCCAGCGACGACGAAGAGCUGGGAGAUGUCCGGAGGAAGCGAACGCGCAGACCCUCGCAUGCAGGAAGGAGCCCCCGGCAGCUCGGAGACAAUCGUUCGUCGGGGAUCCCGGUUCAGGACACGGUUCCUGGGAGCGGCCGUCAGAAUCCGAACGUCCCGAGGUGCUCGAACGAUCAUCGAACGAGUCCGAACGCUUCGGUGCUGCCCAAUUUGGGCGGGAUACCACCCGACGCCGGCUACGAGGAGGUCAGCUUCCCACCCUCUCAGAGAACCGAUCGUUCGCCGUCUUACUUUCCUUCGGAAGCGCACAGAUCGGUCGGCAGAUGCGAUCAGCAAGAACUGGACGCUUCGUACGACGAGGAGAAAUUCAAGAAGAAGCCUUCUGGAAUUCUAAAGACAUCUGCCACUUACGGCGUCGAGCAAUCGAACAAGAGUCCAAACUCGUCCUCGUCGUCUGGUUACCCGGCCGAGUCUUGGUCCGGUCAGAAAACCGUUCAAUGGACCACGAAGAAGGAGCGAGACGAUUGGGAUUCCAACAUCGACGAGAGCAAGGUUAUAAAGGAGUUCUCUUAUCAGUACAUUAAACCGAAGGAGGAAGUUGAAUCAGCAGAGGACGAGAGAUCGCCGGGUAAACCGGAAGCAAUGAACUUGGUGCAAUGUAGAAUCAGAUCGUUCGAGUCGAACAUAGACAAUUCUAGCCCGGUCAAAGAAGUUCUCGCGAUGCAGGAACCAUUGAAAGUUUCGCCGCUUCAAGCUACCGAAGCUCAUGUCUCGAAGUUGGAUUGUUCGAAGAAGAGUUCCUCGAUCAUCCGCAACUUCGCGCUAGGCGAAGCUGAGGCUCAAGAUUCCAAGUACAGGAACGUAAAAGAGGGCCACGCCAAACAGGCGUCCACGGAUAGUAACAAGUCGGUGAAGGACUUGCUGGCGGAUUUCGAAAGGAAGUCGCAGCAAGUUCAGAGGCAGGAAUACGGAAGACGACAGGAGGUGAAACACCGCGGAGUGUUCAGCGACUCGGAAGCCCUGCUGUAUGAUACGGGAAGCGAUCUGGAUCAGCGGGAGAAGAACGAGGAAACGGGAAACGAGAGAGACAGCAAGACGGAUCAAAUUGUACCUGAGCCUAUUAACGAUUACAAACCUUACGCUGACGCGACGAAGAAGAAAGGAGACGCGUCCUUUCGUCGAAAGAAAAGAUCGCCCUCCAAGGAGAGCACGACCGAUGAAAUUCCCAACGAGGAUCUGGACACUGUAUCAAAUCCCAGUUGCAACAGACUGAGCGUCACAGAAUCCUUGUUAACUCAUGGCGAUCAUUUCUCUGGCGAGAGUGGAACCACCAGUCCCACGGUGAAACAGGAGGACAUCAACCCUGAAGAACACUAUCUCCCUAUGUCGCCUAGGAAAGCUAUACUGGACCCUAACUGCGACGACAGACCGAAUCCAAACAUGAUGGAAAGUCUGUUCGCCACUUUGGAACACGAAGAGAGUUCGUACGUGGAAAUGGCUCAGAACGGCAUGACGCAUUCACUUCUGGCGCCUACUGAAGAGAAUAGGAAACACGAUUCUGGCGAUUAUUCCACCUUGGACACUCCUCACUACGAGUUCGUCUGCGUUUCCGAUAGUAAGAUGGAGCCUGUUUACAUGGAAGUGAGUCAGUUGUCGGAAAAGGAAGAGAAAGAUAGCGGUAAGUUGUCGAAGAAGAGGAGUCACGAUGAUUCGAACCAUUCGAGAACAGAUCUCCCUGAUAUUUUAACGACCCUCAAGUCCGACAGCUCGGACGCCGACGACGAGUCUUCGAAAGAUCUCGACUCGAUCGACGCUCCAAGACAUCCUCGAUUCAGUUUGUCAGACACCUUCAGACCCGCUUCUUAUUAUUUGGGCGCCAGUCGGACGAUGAUCGCAGAGUUGCAUGAUUCGUCCGACAGUGAACUAGUGUCUCCACCUCCUAUUCCAACUACACCUCCCCCGUUGGACGACUUGGACUCAUUGGAUAUGCAAGAGUCCUUGGAGAUCAAGAAGGUGUCUCCUCAGGUAGCGGUGAUGAAGGACAAUAGCUCGAACAGAGACUCCCCGAAGUCGUGGAACAAACCGAUGGGUCAAGUUGAAAGCCAUAGACCACCGUCUAGAUUUUCAGACGCCACGAUCAGUUCUACUUUUCGAGACAGUCGAAUCUCCUUGGAGAGCGCGUCUGGAAGCGAUUCCGUCGAGCUAAGAACGCCAGAGGAGGAAGCUAGGCAUAGACAACUGAAAACCAGGCCAGUUAGCGAAGUUUGCGAAGUUUUAGACAGUUUGGACGAAUUAGAGUCUCUUGGGAGUCGCUUCGACGGAGCCAGCAUCGACUUGGAUCAGUAUCUUGAAGAGCUCCAGGCACGCGACGCGUUCAACGUUGACUUGUACGCGAAAGAUCUCAGCUACAACAGCAUCUACGGCUUCAACGAGAACAUGCUGGUGGUGGAUAAACUUCAGAAGACCACCUGUCACGACCUCUCGGGCCAGGUGAAUCUGGGCUUCGAUAAUCUUGAGCAAUCCAUGAGAUACGGUAAUGGAAACAAGAUGGGAUCUGCCAGCAGUCUGCCUUCCAUGAGAGUCUCCGACGUUGUUCCACCUUCUCAUCAACAUUCGCAGUCUUUCACCGGCGAUGCUCAUUAUGAGAAUAUCACCAGUUUUUCGCCUCUCAGAGGCUCGCCGGCAAUCCGAUCGGACAACGAACAGACGCGAGACGUUGGUCACAGGCUUCAGAGAGGGUCUCAGAAUAAUUUGCUGACCGCCUCUCACAGCAGAGACUCCAGCUAUUCGAUCGCGUCCGCGGCUGCUUCGAUUUCAACUUCCAUGGCUUGCCAGAGACCAGCCAGUGCCCAGUCUUCGAUGCACUCCCCAACCGGAUCCAUCUCCUUAGGAAAUCAUCACGGCAACAAUCUGCCAACCAGCGUGCUACGAAACACCAGUCCCUAUUCCGAUCAACGUUUCCAGAACCACUCCAGAUCCGCCAGUCAAGAUUCUGCUCGAUACUCGAUGAUAUCUAACCACAGAUCCUCCUCGAGCCAGGACUCGAAUCAUUAUCCCACCUCUACUCCCACCGUCAAAACGAAUCACCCUUCGCAAUCCUAUUUACCGAACGAGACGCGUGCUCAGAACGAACAGUCUGGCGCGCCCUAUUACUAUUCCGACCUACAAGCUAGCGCGAACGCGGUCGAUAGCGAAUCGAGCAAACCGCACAUCCCCAGGCUGCCCCAGUUGAACAAUCAAAGGGACGACGCGUCGGCGUUGAACAAAAAGAACGACAUAGGUCGCAUCGUCAAUCCCAUAUCGAGGCAGAUGCCCAGACAGAUCCAGGUGGACGACAUCGACGAGGCUAGACGCAUUGCCGCCGAACUGAGAAAGACCACGUGUCAAUUGUUGGGCGACAAUAAAGUUGACCUGGUGGACAAGAAGAAUUUCUACGAAGCGGAUACCCUUAGGAGGGUGAAGUCCACGGAUCCUCUACCGGAUAUUUCAUCGGCAGAGAUCAGUCCCAGGAAUCUAUACCCUCAUGGUCUUCGAGACAAGUCGAGCAGUCAGGCGAGCAAUCGGGAGACUUUCGAACUGACGCAUGGAACGCAGACGUCGCAUCGUAGAUCGAGGUCUUUGGAGGGUCUCCUGGACGACGUGGGUCUUCAGAAUCUGGUGGAGCAUAGGAACCGAAGCAAUCGCGUGGCAACUGUCCAACCGACUCAAGUGGACGAGAUGCCGCAGAGUAUGGGCACCAGUAACGUUACCGGUUCGAACAGUAACUUCAGCGCCGAAGACCCCUGGGAACAGGACUCUCUUUGGAGAGAGAGCCUUCGAAGAGUGAGCCUGAGGAACGCCCGAUCCUUGGACAACCUGGACAGCCCGCCAAGACCGUCGGUGUCCACCUCGGACACGAAGAGUCGGAACAAAGUAACCCGCGGUGCCACUUACGUGAACGAUAGCGUGAUUUUGAGAAGGGAGAAUUGCAUGGAAGAACAACAGUCGGAGAGACCUCGCGUGAAACGCAGGCCGAACAAAGACGAAGAGAGGCUUCUGGACGAUCUGACUUACGAGAGCCUGUCGAUGGACCGAAUUCACGCCGGUGGCUACGUCUGGGACGCCGAGAACGAGGCUUACAGGAAGGCGACUGACGAGGACAGGAAUCAUUUUUUAGAGGAAGGCAACCUUCCCCCGGUUCGCUCGAUCUCGGAGAGCCAGGUGUCAGCCAGCACGUCCGCGGCGUUCGAGCUGGACCGAGAGAAACUGCGGCAAUGGGACCUGUUGUCGAGCGCCUGCUUGCUCCAGGAACAGCAGCGCGGCUCGAUGGCGGACUCGGGGCGAGGGUUGCCAAUUGUAGAACGACCUGGAGACAUUCCCCUACCGCGUCUCACUACACCGACAAUUGUGCCUGCGGUCAACGAUCCAGAUGUCGGUUUAAAGGUGUUGGACAACGGACUUGGGAACGUAUCGACAGCGACCACGACCACGAGCAUCAGCACGAGCACGACGAACGGGGCUCAGCAGCUGAAGGAGAGCAACGAGGCUUGUUGUAACAGGGCUGCUGCAGCGUCCGGAUCUGGAUCGGUGAUAGGCAGAGAUCCGCUUCCACCAAGGGCUGUCAGCACGUCGCAGUUGGCUCAGAGAACGCAAACGCAGCCCCCAACCACCGUGUCCACCCUUCCAUUAUCAAGAAAUAACGCAUCGCACAGGCAACCGUUGCCACUUCAACAAUCCACCCCUCAAUCGGUCAGGCAAUCGGACACCGACGCGAUGUCAAACUCGCAGCUUUUGCGAGCAGCCAGCAACGGUGAUAUUGGAACAAAUUCUGUGAUGAUAAACAGCAACGAAGGAAAGGACCAGAGGUUAACAUCCCCUGGGGGUCACUCCAAUCAGCGACUAAUUAGUCCGGCAGGAGCAUUAAGGGUUGUUUCUUUGAACGACCAUCGAGUUUCCAGCCCUAGCGACAGCGAUAUACGAAUUCAUAGUCCAAUCGAAAGGAACAUGAUCAGCCCGAUCGGUAGGGAAGUGGAUCGUGGCGGGGGUACGGCUGCAAGGCAGAAUCAACGUGCAUGGGAGUGCAACGAGUUGCUGCAUAAAAGGAGCAACGUGACCGGGUGCAAGCUGGCGCAACCGGGAACCCACGGACUGGUUCGCGUAUCCGCUGGCGAACUACUCGGCAGGACCCACGAGGAGCUGGUGCUCCUGCUGAUCCAGCUGAGACGGCAAAACGCCACCAUCUACAAAGCGAUGGAGACCUGCCACAUGGAGAUCGAGGCACAGGCUAGAUUGGCAGAGCUCGAUACGCCGCGACGAUUGGAGAAUCUUCAGAAACUCGAGGAGCUGAAGAAACACCUGAUGGAUCUUGAAAAGCAGUACGAGAAGGGCAAGCCGCUGGUGAACCUCGUGGACAACAUGGUGAAAUUGGGUUCCCUCUACAAUCGUAACACUGCCAAUGGGACCAGCAGCGUCUCGGGUUCGCGACACGACCUGGCGCACGACAAUUCCAGGGAUCAUCGUCUGGAAUUCAAUCAGAAGGUCCAGGAACAGCGUCUGUUGGCCGAGGAACGAAGGGACUGGGACCGAUUGAGCCCUGACCAUGGACAACUUCAGGCCAAGGUGCAGCAGCUUUACAAACUGGAUCGUCUGCUCCAGGAGGAAUCCGGAACACUUCACAGUCUUCAGCAAGACAAGGAGAUCCUGGAGAAGGCUCUGGGAGGUCUACGACACAAGCUGCAGGGCAGCAGGAGUAAUCUGGCGGAAGCUGAGAGGUACAGGAAACAGCAGCUUCUAUUGGAGAGGGAACUGAGCAGAGUGAGGGUGUUGCUCGCGCACAAUUCCAAGAAACUGGAGGAAACGGUCGCUGAGAAUGCUAGACUGGAACAGGACCUGGUGGUGCUGCGACAGAAGCUGCAAGCAUCGAGAAGGUAUGCUGGAAAUAUGACCAGGGACACUUCGGCUACCACUGGUCCUCUGGAAGUGGAAUUAAGAAGGGUUCAGCAGCUGGUCGGUGAUCUUCAGAGGCAACGAAAAGAAUUGAGCGUUCAAGUAAGACAAUUGACGGAAAAAUCUCACAGUUUGGUGCAACAGAUUCGGCCUCAGCCUCCUUCAGCACCCCAGGUGCAUCAGCCCAAGAAACGAACACAGAAUUCCUGGUUGGAAACCGAUCUUGAUUCCGGGAUAACGUUAGAUCACGGUUUAGAUUCGCCUUCGAGUCCCGCUUUGUCUUCUUCACCCCGUGGCAAACAGAACGGUGGCUCGUACCUGCACUUCAGUUCGUCGACGCAGAUCAAAGAUUCUUCGCCUACGAAUCGUCAACAGAACCAUCAAACGUUCCCUCAAUCGCCGCAGAAUCAUAUCUCUUCGUUGUCUCCUCAAUUACGGGAACAGAUUCAGCAGCAUCAGUUGAAGCAACAACUGUUGAAGGAUCAGAUGCAAGGGAAGGGUAAUUUGAUGCAAGCGAACGUCGCGCCAUUAUACGUGAACACGGAGUCUAGAAUGCAUGAGAAUAACAAGCACGAAGAAAACCUAACUAAUGGCACAGUUAUCCCUCCGCCAGAGUAUAUUCCACCACCCCCGCCGCCACCCUUGAACGAGGAGACGUUGCUAAACGACAAUUACAGGCAAAACGAGGACAACAAGUUUGCAGGCUUGAUUCACAACCGCGAGAAGCAAGAAAUAAAAACAGUGAGAAUCGUGAAACGGGAAUCGGAAAGACGACAACGGGAUCGAGGAGACAGGACCGGGAACAUUGGAAUUCCAUUAACGAACGGGCUCCAAGCGCCUGGGGGUGCGAAGAGAUUGUGCGACGACGAUCUGGGAGGCUCUCAAAAGUUCGAGAAGGCUCAAUUAGGAAAGGUUGUAGAAGAGUCACCAAUGAUUCACGCUCAAAGCACAGUCCAGUUGACGGACUUGGACGACGUGCAGUUCCAAAGAAGCAUGUCCUUACCGAGGGGUUUCGGUGGACAGCGGCAACAGCAACCGGAAAUACAUCAAGUACCGGUCGUACCGCCUCCCAGGAGCGACAGUAUGCACGCCUUGAGAAGCAUGCUUGCUCGACGAAAUAAAGUUAGGUUCGAAAGUCAGGACGUCAGCUCGGACAGUACGCUGUCCCCGUAUACGGACAGCCACACCUCGAGUUCCCACCUGCCUAUGAGUUCGCCAAACUAUUCGACCAGUCCGUCUUACAGUCCCAGCCAACAGCCUUACCCUGGCCAACCGAUCAGAUCGAACCAGCAGGCUGUGUAUUACCAGCAAUACAGACAUUACGAGAAUCCGAUAUCCAGUAGAGCAGAGAACACUGGAGACCCGGUGAGCCCGGAACUUUUGUCGCCGACUAGUCCCGACGUUCAGGACAGAGCUUUUGGCUCGACGUUGAACGUGAACGCCUCGAACUCGCCGCAAUUGUCGCCGGUCUUCAAAAGCGAAGCCGCGAAACAGAUAAUCAAGGAGAUGACGGAGAGAAAGGUGGAGGGACCUAGACGAAGGCAGAUACCACGCGAGAAAAGACGACACUAUACCGUGUCCAGUAGCAAACCCGUCCUCGACUUAGAAGACACCUUCUCCAAGAUGGGAAUGGGUAGAGCAAGAGACGAUUUAGAUAUGGAACGAGCGCUCAGGCCGAGGAUUAAUGCUCCUGACGUUGUGAGAUCCACUUUGAGCCACAAGGAAUUGAAGUACAACGAAAGUACUAUCGAUCAGUUACUUGGGACUCCGAAUAAAAUCGUCAUUCCCGAGAGAUACAUCCCUGAACAGACUCCAGAAUUGACUGCUGAAGAACAGCAACAUCGGCUGAAGAAAGCGGAAGCGAUCAGGAAGAUGCUGUCGGAGACCACUGUCACUGCGACGGAAGGAAAUGACGACAAUAUUAAUAUAGAGAAAUCUGACAACUUGAAGAGAAAAGUGGUGGAAGAGAAACGACAGAGAGAUCACAUUCUACAGUUAAAUCAAAUUCUAGCGAAACAAGUUAUGGAAAAGAGCAAAAUGGUAGCUGUGAAAGCCUUGGCUACCCUUCCUUUGAACACCGAAUCGAGCUUAGACGACGAGGAUCUCUCGCCAGUGACACCAUUACCGCUCUAUCAGCAAAGAGAAAAUUAUUAUUCGUAAGAAGAAUACGAAAAGAAAAUAAAAAAAUCCUCUUUAGCACAAAACACUACUGCCAGCCCGGAACAACAGAGGAACAAAACAUCUUUUUGAAACUUUACAGGUGAUUCGCCUGAUACCUGCGAUCACGGUAACAUUAACGAUAAGGAAACUGUUUUUUCUUUUCUUCACUUUCUUUGUUUCUUUUUAUUUGCAUUAAUAUUGUACAUAAUCAUUCGUUAAGUAAACUGAUAAUAAAUAGCUGUCCUCUGAGUCGUCGAUAACGAAUAGUUAAUAAUAAUGGAUGUCGAACAGAAUUAGAUGAACGAUAUUUAUAAAAGAAGAUAGUAAAUAUCGAGACGAUUAAUGGAAAUAAAGAAACUUUUAAUUUUGUUUAUUACAUGUUUAUUUUCUUUUAUCGUUCUUGAUACAUAUAUGUUUCUUUUUUCGAACAGAAUGCUUCCACCAGUUUCUAUCAUUAGCAAUAAUAAAUAAAUUAAGAUGCAGCGAUCGCACAGUGCGGUUUCAUUUAGCGACGGACUGUAAUCGAAUUCCUGUAACUUAGGGAAAAUCAGGUAUAAUAAUAAAACAAUCAGAAAUACGGUUCUCUGCUUAUUGAAUUCGGCCAAGUUUGCACUUGAACGUUUCUUAUAAAUUAAGAUCAUCGUCUGGUUUCUUAUUCUAUUCGUUUAAUUCAUUUCACAAAAGUCACUUGGCCGAAUUCAAUAUGAUCUGUUUGUUACUCGGAAUCGUGUUUCGCAAACUCGUUUUUUUAAACAAAAAUCUUUGUUAAAUUUGUAUUUGGUAAUAUGAAUUAGUAUAUAAGAUACUUUGUUGCACUAUAUACGUAUACAAGUUAUCUCAGAAACAUCCUGUCCCAUGAAAUUCAGAUACUUCGUGUCAAAAUAAAUCGAAAAGUCCUUUACCAUUUUCUAAUCUGUUGUUUCGUUGCUGAGAUAUUAGCGAAGAAAGAUUGGUUCGCUCGACUUCCGGGGUGCGCCGGAAGUUGCCCAGCCAAUCUUCAAUUGUCUGUAUCUCCGAAACUAAGCCACGGAUUAAAAAACGGUAAAGGACUUUUUGAUUUGCCUUGACACGAAGAAUCUGUAGUUUUCAUUUGAAGCGACUUUCGCAACGAGUUUGAGACUCGACGAUCGAAAACCUAAAUAAAGAAUAAAGGAGAACGUUAGGAAUAAGUUAAAAAAAUAAAGAAUAAAUAUGAUAAUUAUUUAAGGUUGCGUUUAUGGUAGGUGCUACGAACGCGACAUAGUCAAAGACUAAUUGUAAGAUAAUUUACUGUAAAUUGUGAUCAUUAUCGUUGAACUGACUGAGACGAGAACAAUCUUUGCAAAGUGAAACAGUGACUAAUGAUACUCGAAUUUUCAUUGAACAAACUUGGAAAACAUCCUUGCGUAAUCGAUGUAAACGAUAAUCAUUGUUGAUGUAAUUACAUGUAUAAGAAUUUUUCACAUUUUAAUACGAAUUAUUACAGAUUUUCUAUAUGUUAAUUCUAUUUAACAAAGGAUUAAAAUAAAAAAAAUCAGUUCCGAUAUCAUUGGUCAUUGUUCGCGGUCACAAAUUUUGUUCCAAUUCAACGCAGUCAAACGUAUGGAUGUGUAUGGCAUAUUUACCUAAACAAUGGCCAUCCUAAUCGACACUUUUCUUACGAACAUGUUCAUAACAGAUGCAUGCAUUUGAUCGACGUUGAAUCACGUAGUCUAAGAAACUCGUAACACGUAUAUAUAUAUGUACACGCUCUAGGUACGUCCUGUAAUAGCAUAUUGCAUCGACAUCAUCGAUGUUUGUUUUACGACACUCAACGUUUAUAACAUCGAUUUGCCAUCGUAUGUAUCAACUCGAGGGUGAAAAAUCGACCUUAGAAGCGCGUUUAGAUAAGUUCCACGGUUAUUUGUAAGGGUGAAACGAACGUCUGUCGUCUCCAUUCAAUGGAGAUCGGUAACUGGACGUAUUCUUAAUUCUUUGAAGCGAUUUUCGUAAUUGAAAAAUAAAAGAAACAUCGUUUCAACGAAUUAAGAAGCCUCGCAACGUUCAAGAAGAGAGCGGAAUUGAAUGUUUCUAAAAGGAAAUUCAUCUGACAUUUGUUUUUUCUUUGGUAGUCUAUUCGAAGUACGAAGAGUGCCAAAUUACGCCCAACAGAUCGUUCGCAGAUCGCGACACGACUGUUCGUCAAUUAAAAAUCAACCGAUUACCGGCGAGACUAAUUCACAGCACAAAAACAAUUUAAUUAAGGAUUUCCCACGUUGUUCACCACGAGAAAGGUAUCUCGCUAAUCACGACAAUUAAUUGUAGACCACGUGUUUCUAUUGUCGACGAGGGACGUCGACGUUAGGAAUAAUUUUUGUACGAUACAGUGGCACCAAGUGAAAUCUCUGAAGGAACUUUGAUCGUUUCUCGCGUGGAAGAGAAACGAAAUGAUUUUGUUUCUAUUGAAAAAGCAUUUCUCUCGCGAGAAGUGGUCCCUUCGAGGCCCUCGAUCUCUUCUUUUGAGCAUGUAUCGCGAUCGAUCGCGAAAUUGAGUGACAGUGUUUGAAACGGCGACGACAUUUCAUUGUUUCGUCGUGGAAAAAUUACUCUUUCGAAUUCUCCAGAGGGUCCAUGGUGCCUGAGAAAUCAGCGAACAGUUGCUUUCUAGGGUCCCCAUUGACACCAAACGGAUCGUUGGAGCGAUUACCCUGAAAACGGUAUUGUAAAAGAGACUACUGUGGAAACAGGAGCUGUUAUUGUUACACGAAUAAAAUAAAAUCCAUAUUACGUGA